GUUAAGAGUUCAAAACCCACCGAGAACAGAAAAUUCAAAUAAUUAUCUGUGUUAUGGCAACCGUCUUUCAUCGAUCAGUUGGGAUAGGAUACCUGUAACUAUGGUCGCACUAGCAAGACUGGUAGAUCUGG